ACGUCGCUUUAGCACCGCUGGACAUGCGGAACAGACGGGUGGCAACACAUGGCCGUUAAUUUAAGACCAACUUUGUGAUAAUCUGUUCACUGCAUUUUGUACAUGGGUGUGGAUAAACGUUGUGUCGUCGGGUGACUAUUUGUUACAAUUUGUUCACGCAUCAAGAGGGAAAAAAGGAAAAUUGUGCCUCUGACGGGAAAGUUGUUGAACGCCCCUUAUCGCAGUGUGCGCUCACCCACAAUAGCGCCGUGUGCUUGUCUACUGAAUCGACUGACGCCAACACACCCAACGCCGGGUUAACUUUUCACGAGGGGGACUGCCUACUCCGCUUUGUGUCCCAUUGUUGGGGGACAACAAAAGGCUCCUGACGAGUACGUUUACUUUGCAUGUGUGCUUUCAUGAUAGGACACUUUCUGCGUAGCAGGCUGGCUCUUGUUGGUUACACAUUGCCCGGCAGUCGUUUUGUACCGGCCUUGCCAUGCCCUUAUGGCUGUACCAUCACAAUGACAACGCAUGAAUACAUAAAUACAUUGUACUGUAGCCCGCGCCUGCGCUGUGCCACCGUAGUCAAGCAGACGUGUUAGUGGAAGGAACCCCGUGGUAGCUGUUUGCCAUGCACGUUGGAUUAUUUCAUCAAUACUCAUUACGAUCCCCUAUGGCCACCACGCGCUGAAGUGGAACACGGCGGAGGGCUUGUUCGUUCGUCGUGUCCCCGUCAAACAUGGCGUUCUGGAAGAGACGAAGCCGGGGAUCUUUCGCCCCGUCGUCCAACGACAGGAUGCCCGUCCUUUACCUGGGGCGUCAUCCCGUGGCUGAGACCACUGGCUUGGACGAUGCAUCCGUGGCACUGGACACGCUCUACCGGAAUUACAAGGAGGGUAAGGAACAGGCGCAACGCGUCACCGUGGAAGUGAUCGUGAACGGUCUGGUGAUCAACAAAAUCAAAGGGUUUUCUCCCCCCUCAGAUCCCUCCGAAUCCUCGGACAACUGCAUCCUCCUGGAGGCAGUCAAGAUGUUCUUUGGGGCAACGGACCCUGCUCGCCCGAAAGUCUUUUUCAUCAUGAAGAGGAACGUCAGUGAAAACUCCGAGGAGCAGAAUGAGUGUCAUGCGUUUCUGUGCGACUCCGCCACCGCUGCCAAAACGCUGACUCUUCAGUUGGUGGAGAUGUUCAACAGCGUGGGAGAACCCGAGACUCAGCUGGCUUACCGGAAAAGUUACGACUACGCCACGGUGCGAUCCAACCAACAGCAGUCUCGGGAGAAGGGACUGCUCAGGUCGCAGUCUCUCAACCUCCCCCGGUCACGUGGCCGGCAAGAGGCCGUCUCGACCCUCAAGAUCCGGAUGAACGUGGAGCACGGAGAGCAGCACCAGUCGAGUAUCACCGAGGCCAACAACAAUUCGGAAAUUGCCAGACUCAUAGCUAAGCGGGAGGACGAGAAAUCAGCCCGGUCCGAAGCGGCCGAUUACCCGAUGAAGGGCAGCGACAGUCCCGCCUUGGAGAGGUCCAGCCGAUCUGCUUCAUCCUUCGGUCACCAGAGCCCUGUGCUACCCGCUAAGAGCCGGGGCGGCAAAACCACGCAGACUUCGGUGGUUGGAUUCAACACCAGGAAGUCCGACUCGCCCAGCACAUUACUUCGAGAGUCGCAGCUGUCUACGGUCAAGGAGCAAAGUCCGAGCUCGAGCCCAAAGCAGAGUCCCAAAGAGAGAAAAAUGGACGGCAAGAAAGCUGCGGACUCGAAGGAAAACCAGCAGGUUCAAGAGAACCUCACCGACAAAUCUAACAAGAGAAAAUCGGUGAGGUUUGCGGACGAUGCUGAGAUCAUUUGAGGAUGGGUAAUUAUUUUAUUGAGGGUGAAUUCUCUGUAAAAGCAAACAAGUAAACAAAAUCAACUUAGGAUCACUCGAGCAAACGAUCCCACGAAGCAGUUGGAUGGCAAGGCAUUAUACAACGAGCAUUACGCAUUACUUUGUAAUUUGGCAUUGAAGAGUAACGAAGUGUACAAUGAAGCUCAUGCCACAGUUGUGUAAGAUAUGCUGGUACUUAAGCAAAACCAGGCAAUCAUAAAUAGAAAUCCUACCCACUCCUAUCCUACGUUUUUAAAACAGGUGACUUAUAAUGUGUCGUGAGUAACGGAAACUUAAUUUUGUUGCUUAUGUCAAAAAUUCUAAUGUUUGUACUAUGUGCGAGUCUCGUUUUUAGACGUUCGUGGUAUAUUUUAAGAGGCUUUUUUUUUAAAGUUUCAUGUGGAAUAGAAACAGGUUACCAUUAAACUCUCGAGAUUUUGAAAUACCGAGGAUCUAGAGCCCAUCAGUUUAACAAUGAACAAGUUGUUCUGGUUUUUGACGAAAUAAUAACCACCCCUUCUUACAUGACGUAGAAAACGUUUGGUUAUAAUAAUUUCUUAGCUGUAUGACCACUAAAAAGGUUCAUUUUCUUAAAGUGUACGAAAAACAAAUCGGCUGAGGAUCCACGUGGUUGUACAUGGAAUGGUACAUCACAUCUAAUCUUUCCACAAUAUAUUAUAGACUGCUACCAUCAAAAACAUAAGCUACCCUGUUCACUUUACCGUCGCUUGGGGGGGGGCGACAUGGAAAAGAAGGCUAUUUGAUGCCGGGUGAGAUGGUCGAUUCAUAAAGAAAUGAUUGGUGGGGAUCUGGUGGUGAUGUUCUUGCCAAGAUAAAACCUAGAAGGAACACGAGGAACGAAUCUCGCUCUCUUCACACAAGGGGGGGGUCUAGUUUUGUGUCCGUUUCACUUUUUCCUCGUCAUUGUUCGGUUUUGCACCGGCAUAUGUAUUCUCGUAAUUAUUAUGUGAGGACUCAAAAGAGAAGGAAAAAACAAAAACAUGCACAGUUGGUUUUAUGUCGCCCUAAAUAAUGUAAGAAAAUGGGCCAACAUUUCAAAAUCAGUUCAUUUUUAAAACUACAUGUAGUAAUUUACAUAAGAAGAGAAACAAGUUUUCGAUUUUUUUCUUUGGUGAUGCUAGUUAAGACUUCUGGGUCUUAAUUUAAUGUAAACAUAACAUAAGUUCCUAUCACACAACUGAAUUCAUUCGCUAUCCGCACACCUGUUUUCGAUAUGUAAAUAUUGCCCCCAUUAAUUUUUCAUUCUCAUGCUAAUUCGGACCGUUGGAUGUAUUUAAUUUUUUUUAUAACCUCCUGUGGAACGUGUGUGUAGUUAAGAACAGUUAUUUUCAAGACGAGUUUUUCUGCAAACAGUGGCGGAACCAGACUAAAUAUUUGCGGGUUGUUCAAAGUAGAAAAUUAUCAUUGAUAUGCAGACAGUUUAGCAAACGAGGUAUUUUGUUUCCUUGCGUCAGUUGAUUGGCAACAGUUCGCUUUUAUGUUGUAAACCUGAGAUACCCAAUCUUUUUCUUGUGAGCAAAAGCUAGUUCAAAUUUAAUCGAAAAUGGUGCCUCACAUACACGGAAUAACCUGCUCUCUGUUGGACACUCACGGCGAUGAACCCUAACAUCAACCCAUGUGAUAAUCGCGUCUUUGCAAAUAUGCAUAGGUAAAUUGAAGUUAUUGAUUUUCAUAGAUUUUUUCAAAGGUAUUCUGAGCCAUAUGGUUGCUAUACCGGUGAUGCUUUGGCCUGCGGUAUGAAUGUUGUUAAACUAGGGUCUUUUUUCAUGUAUAUUAUGCUCUCUUUACACGGGCUAUAGACACAAGGAACGAAUUUGAAAGUUUCCAAAGCUUGCUCUCAGUUGGAGGUUUAUCGAUAUUUCUCAGAACGCGACGAAAAGGAUAGUUCUUACUCGUGAAUGUAAAAUCAGUGAUAUUUCUGAAUUCAGAGUGAAAUAGGGGAUGACGAAUUUACGUUCCGAGGAAGAGGAAAAACACGUUGGCAUGUUUUCACCUUGAAAUCCUUUUUCGUAGUUUCCAUCUUUUUUCGUUGUUAUUCUCGCCGCUGAGUGUAAUUUGCUACCCUUGCUUAUACCGUAGUUUGUUGUGUUGGUCAAGAACUCCGCUCAGACUCGGCGACAUGUUUAUGUUGGUCCCUAUUCGCAGUCUGAUUGGCGUUAUUCUGAGUGUUCAACGUCGUGUGACUGUCUGAAAACACGGAAGGGCAAAGGACCACUGUUGUUUGUUAUUGCGUGUACUUGGCGGACUGUUAAUUUGUAUCAUCGUUAAGCGUUUGUGUACGUGUACAAGGGGCUGACCAUAAACCAGCGUCGACACACGAGGCCGAGGUUUUUUACGAAAGGUAUUAUUGAAGGGAACGCGUGCGUGUGAUGACAAGUUAUAUGUACAAUGUAUACGGUGUUUUACAUGUUGGAGGGAUUUUCAUUUACAGUGAGUUUGGAUCCUGAACGCCAGCAGGAAUUGGGGUGACAUGCUCUUAAAUGACAGUCAUGGAACAUGGCUUUUUAUUGAGGUACUUACUUAACUCACGAUGAUAAGCUGUGUGGCUAUUAGGCCCUAUGCUUUGUGGCAAAUUAGGGUGCAUUUGAAAUGCAGUGAAAGUGGGAUUUUGACCGGUGAAAGUUGCCUCGACGUACGGCUCCAAAACUUUCGUUUAACUUGCCACAAAUGAAAAUACAUAUAUUUGUGAAAGUGGGCGGAAAACUGAUUGAGUGAAAUAUCGGUGCUGGGAAUUCAGAACCGAGUUUAGGGGAUAGGUAGAUCUGUCUUCAGCACAACACGGAGGGCACUCUUUCAGGGAAAACAUACCCGAAAAAUACACGUAUUAUUGUCGUAGUUUGUACACGCAGACCACACAGCAGCUGUUAGAUUUAUAAAGUAGAACUGCCUCUCAUGCAUCCAAUUAGACAAAUUGCCGUUGCCUUUCUGUGCCUGCAGUGUGUAUCUGGAGGAGCACCUCAAGUGCAUCAGAGUACACAAUGAUCGAGCAGUGCAAGACUUCUGUAGUACAGUAUUUACCCACGUGCAUCGGUGUUCUCAUUGGCACAUUCGUAAAGGAAACAAAUUUGACGACGGCAUGGUGUAGGGCCCCCUAUAUCUUUACAUUUUUGAUUUUGGUUUAGGUUAAUCUAGUGCGUGUAUUUUGGCUGCAUAAUUUCAGUUUAUUUUGACUGUAUGCUAAAAUGGAAGUUAUGAAAUUAAUUUCAUAUAAGAAUGCGUAUGGGGUAGGCAUUAAUUUGUGUACUUCAAGAUUUGAAAAAAAAUAUGCGAUUCGUUCUUACUUUGUAUAAGUUGCCAAAUUUAUACUGACUACUUGCGUGGAUGUAGUAGCCUGUUGAAGUGUUAAUUGUAAAGAAAAUCAUUAUCAGGGGCGUUAAAAUCAGCCUACCCAUCGGCUUGCAAGCACUGCCUCUGAAAUUGAAAUCAUUUUUGCCACAACCCAAGAAAUAAAGAUCCCUCGUGCAACCUCCGAAACUCGAAAGUGUUCAAAUAGUUUCAUCUCCUCAAUGAGGUCUCUCUCAACAAUGCUAUGUUUGAUAUCAUACUCUCACGAUAGCAUUUGACAGCUCUACAUUGUGUUUAUUUGUACAGGUACUCAUUUUCUGACAUUUGUAAAGAAAUGCUGAAAUGGUUAAUUGCCAGGUAUGGGAAGAACGAAAAAAAAAGUUAUGGCCGCAGACACAAACGAAUCCUGCCCCUUUUCAUUUUGUAUAUACACUGUACAUGCAUGAUGUAAAAAAAAAAA